AUGACCUCCCCGCAAGUUGCAAAAAGGGCCCGUGCCAAUACUGCUGGGGAUGACCACACCCAAUUGGCCGAAAUAUCAGUUCCAACGCAAGAGCAACUCAAAAUUCUGAAAACCGACCGUGUGGUUGAGCUUCUCCAGAUGGCCUCUAUGAAGCACGUUGAUGUCAACGCCAUGGUACUCACCGCGAUCCAAAGCGCGCAAGAAGAGCAGAGAAACCGUGUGAUUGACUUCGAUUAUCAUUCCAAAUCGAUCUGGAAAACAAUCAACGUCACAUAUCGAUCAAUGAAGGGCUCCAGGCAGUAUGAUAUCGCAUUUGACGUGGCUGGGGAGAUCAGCUCUACAAUCAGCAGUAUCGCAGCUCAAUGUGUCGAAUAUCCGAAUCCACGCAAUCGAAGGAGUGGCCUUGAGACGCUGCGCAAGAUUGGCAAGACAAUCUGUCUUUCUUCCAAUGAUACACUCGGCCAUGAAGUGCAGCAGCAGUUUCAGUCCGACCCAUGCCUUGAGAACGCCAUGUGUGAUAUUGUUUCUGAGAUGUCUUCUCAGGAAAGAGACGAUAUUUGCAAUGAGGCAAUGGGCUCCGAAUCCCUUUUUGCCAAGCUGGAAGAGUUAGAGAAACUUGCCGAGAGUUAUUGUGUUUUCGAGGGACUUGGGGAAGUACUGGACCUGAUAAAAGGAGAUGGAGAGGAGGAUGAAGGUGGAAGUGAAGACGAAAGUGAAGAAGAGGGCUAUGAUGAGGAUGAGGAUGAGGAUGAGAAUGGGAAUGAAAAUGAUAUCUGCUAA